AUGGUCGUUCCCGGCUCAGCCGCAAUCAAGAAGCAGGCUGAGGAAGAGGGCUUGGAUGCUAUCUUCAAGGACGCAGGCUUCGACUGGCGUGUGGCAGGCUGCUCGAUGUGCCUAGGCAUGAACCCGGACAUCAUUCAGCCGGGUGAGCGCUGCGCUUCCACAUCCAACCGCAACUUCGAAGGGCGGCAGGGCAAGGGCGGACGCACGCACCUAGUCAGCCCGGAGAUGGCGGCUGCGGCAGCAAUUGCCGGGCACUUCGUUGACAUCCGGGAGUGGUAG